AUGUCCUCCAUCACCAUCGCUACUCUUCCCCGCAUCAGCCGGGAUGCUCUUUCGGCACUUCUCCUCUCGGCCAGCUCCCCCGGUAAACUGGCCAUUAUAGACGUGCGGGACUCAGAUCAUGUCGGUGGACACAUCACCUCCUCCACCUGGGUCCCAAGUUCCUCUCUCGACCACCGUAUGCCCGAGCUCAUCCGCACAUUGAAAGACAAAGAGAAGGUCGUCUUCCAUUGCGCGCUCAGUCAGCAACGUGGCCCAUCUGCUGCACUGCGGUAUGUCCGUGAGCGAGAGAGCGUGCUAGACGGGGAGGAGAGUAAGAAACAGGAGGUCUAUAUUCUCGAGGGCGGGUUUGUUCAAUGGCAGGAGAAGUAUGGGAAGGACACAAGGCUGACCGAGGCAUAUGUGGAGGAUAUCUGGCAGGAGUAUUGA